GUACUCGCCAUUUGGAUUUCGGUCGUUUCUCGUUUUCCGUUCGCUGUGACUGACAACGCAGAAAUAAAAUUUUUGCUGUUUCUAAUUUUUAUCAGUGAUAUAACGAUUUAAGAAAAUGCCUAACCAGGUACUAAUAAUAGAGCCACAAAAUGAGCUGAAAUUUAAAGUUAAUCUUUCAGGGCUUUUUGACCAAGGCCAUACAACUCACAUGAAGCUUACUAAUCCAACAAGUAAUACUGUUUUAUUCAAAAUUAAAACAACUGCACCAAAAAAGUAUUAUGUUCGACCAAACUCUGGUGUUCUCGAGCCCAACGCAAAAGUGGACAUUGCAAUCACUCCACAACACUUCUAUGUAGAUCCUAAUGAGACCCAUAAACAUAAAUUCAUGGUGCAGAGUGUUAUUGCUCCUGACAAUAAAACCAACAUUGAUCAAGUAUGGAAGGAAACGCAUCCUAACCAGCUCAUGGAUUACAAAUUACGUUGUGUGUUUGUGUCCCCACGGGAAGGCAAUACAAAUCAGGAUGCGGGUGAUACUGCAGCUCAGAAUGAAGUUACUAAAAAGCUGGUGGCUGUAGCUGAAGAGGGCAAGCCUCCAGCACCGCAAUCUGUGUCUAAGGAAGAGUUAGUCAGUGUUACAAAAUCUAUGAAAGCAAUAGACGAGGAGGAGAAAGCAGAUGAUUCUGUAAGGAUUACGGCUUUCUCGAAGUCCGAAAACGUUGAGAAUGAUAUGCAAAAAGUAUCAAGCGAAGUUAUUCAUCUUAGAGAGGAAGAGAGUAAACUACGCCACGAAAACUUGCGACUAAAAGAGGAGCUUCUGCGUUUGCAUCAACAAGUAGGAGGUGAGCACAUGGCUCAACGUGGCCACUCGUACGCCCCUGAUAGGAAGGAACAGCUCUCUGUACCAUGGUUAGGUAUCACCCUGGCUAUGGCACUUUUGGGAAUCAUCAUUGGCAAGUUUUUCAUGUGAAUAAUAGCCCCCCCAUUUCGCGGAUUAACCCCCACAGACACGCCCACAUUACAAGGCAGCUUCGAUCUUGCAAACUUCCGCUUCAGUGCCGCAUUUGUUGAACUCAUUGCGCGUUACACGUAUUGGAUGUUGUGUUUCUAUUUGUGUGUGAUUUUGAUCAUCAUCGUAUGAAUUAGAACCAGUUAGUUUGAACGGUGGGCUUGUCGAGAGGUUAAAAUGCGACUAAAUGUUUCGUUUUAUGCUAUAUUAUUUGCAGCCAUGACCGCGUCUUCACUUAAUCAGUGUUGCUGGUAAUAUGUUUUGUUUUUAAUGUUAAUAAAAUUAUAAUUAUGUUUUUAUUUUAGGGCAUAUUUAUUAAUGUUGAUACUAUUGUCCAAUGUAACUUGUGUUCUAAUCAUGCAAAUCGAAUUGUGCACACAUUAUUACUUGACUAUUCAAACCUGUUAGGUGAUGUAUGUGUAUGUCAAAAUGUAAGCUGUGGAGGAAAGUAAUGUAUAUUAAAAAACCCAUAGGUAUUUCUAAAAAGUAAUUAAUAUCUGACUUUAUUAUUUUUAAAUAGAUACAUCUUAUUAAUAAACAAUGCACAACAACACUAAAGUGUUUCAUUUCAAUUAAUCAUAUGUCAAAAAAUAUGUAUCCAUUGCUUUUCUCCAUGGCUAACUAUGUAAGAUAGUUGUGGAUUUAGAAGCAUCAUGCUUACGUUAUAAAUUCAUAUUCCUAUUAGUAUAGUUUUCUAAGCUUUCCAAAUUUGUCCAUGCAAUAAAAAUAAACAUUUAGUGGCAGGUCAGCAUACCCCUACUGGCAUUAUUCUAAAUUUUACUUUGAAAGUAAGAAUUUAGUCCCUUAAUAUUUUUAUUGAAAGAUUUUGUAGAUUAUAAAAACGUGGUGAUUUUCUGUUUUUAGCAGGGAAUCUCAUUAAUAUUUACUUAUAAAUACUACUUCCAUUCACUAUAGACUCAAAACAAUUCUUUUAAGACCAUAUGAAUAUUUUUACCAGUCAUAUGCGUGUGCAUGAUAGGCUUUGAGUCUAAACCAUACAUGUCUUCCAUUUACUUACAAACUGCCCGUCUUCAAAAAUAUAAAAUUGAUUCCCUGCUAAAUGAAUUAACCUUUAACUAAAUUUGGACGCAAACAGCAUUGAAAUGUACCAUUGUCAGUCACAGUAAAUUUGAUGUACAAAAUUUUAAUGUUGUAUUAACUCACCGAACGACAAGCUCACUUAAGUAUAAUAUUAGUCCUUUACUGAGAAAGAUGUCGCUAUCGCUUGAUUAUUAUUGUAAUAAAUCUAAUAUAGAUACAAGUGCCUUCGUAUGAGUUGAGGGAAAAUGGUUAACUACUGUCUGCGAAAAUGUUUAUUAACAUUAAACAGACGACUUGCAAAAUAAAAAGUCCUCACCAUUUAAGAAGAGUUUGCAAAUGGAGCUUUGGCUGGAUAUUCAUUGCAACAAGAUGCAUUUUCUGUUUCCGAGUUAUGUUUUUUGCUUUACUUAUAUAGUGUAAUAAAAUUUGUUUGUUCUUACUCUCAUUUUACUUAUUCUAGCUUAGCGAACCUUCUGCAUCUUAUCGGGAUAGAAAGAUCAAUCGAUAGCGACACCGAAUAUACGAUUUAAUUCUUUUAACCAUUUUGGUAACAACUUAUAUGACAACAAAGUUUUUUUGUUGUCAAAUUUGUUAUUGUUGUGUUGUCCAACGUUAAAUACAGAAAAUAUUGCUUUAAAUUUAUGCCGUGUAGGCAAUAACAUGGUUGUUCCAAUCAAUUAACGUCAUUUUAAAAAAUAAUAUAUAGAUUAGGAAUUUUUAAUAGAUGUAAUUUUUUCACAUCUUACAUUUGAUUCAUGUUUAAAAAAAAUCCAUAUUUUUUACAAAUUCUGAAUCAUUUGUAACUUCAAUAACUCUUUUGGGUAAUGAUUUUAACUGGCCUGAAUAGAAGUUAAAUUUUACUGUUAAAUACACCAUGCCCCAAGUUGCAAAGGCCAAACAGGUGGCUUAGUUAAUAAAAUAUUUUCUAUGAUAAUUAGGAAGUGGUUCUUUCUCAUUUACGUAUUAAACCUCCUAUUACGUUUUGCUAACGUGUUCUGAAGUUUUAAGAAAGAAGUCGCGGUUAAAGGCUUCCAAGUGAAAUAAUGUAUUGUGUCGAGGGUUUCCGAAGAUUUGAUGUGGUCACUUGGCAAAAAAUGUCAUACAAUAAAAAUACAACCUAUGUUAUUCUAGGUUGCCCAAAUUUAAGAAAUUCCAAAAUAUUGGCUAGUCUAAGCAAAUAUUAUUCGUUUCCCAGAAGUUAAAUUGGUGAAGGACAGGGAACUUAUAGUGGUCACGAGCAAAAGCGUUUACUAAUACUAAAUAUACUGUCAUCUUAAAAUAUAUUGCAUUUGUUUCGUUUUUCGUUUGGUAACUAAUGUCUAAUAGUCAUACGAACAAGUACAAUAGUUAUUAAUAAUGCCACUGCCUGUACAAACAGUUCCGUAACAGCUUAUCUCGUUAAUGAUAUUGCUAUAGAGAAAAUUAGUAUGCACUUAGAUUAAUAUAUGCUGUAAAAACACAGGACAUUUAUUUGCAUGAAAAUUUAACGUUUACUCGAGACAUCGUUUCUGUUUUAAUUGUAUUAUUACCUAAAUUAUAACGGUUAUAUCAAGAAACGAUGUUCAAUAUAUAUUUAUAUAUAUUUAAAAUUAUUCUUAUUAUGUAGUUAUAGUUUUUGCCUGUGAAUGUGUGAUAAAUGCAUUAUGGCUUUGAAUGUAAUGGUCGGUCGAGUAACUAUUCAUACCAUGUAGAAGCUCUGCGGUGUAGCACUUUAAAAAUAUGUAAAUCGUAAGAUCAGUUAUGUAUCUAGUUUGGAGUGAUUAUAAGCAACCAUAUUAAGAAUUGUUUCGGUUCAUUGGCAAAUAUUGUUAUUCUCAAAAAAUUAUAAUACCGCUUGUGAAUAUGUCGUGGAUAUUAUGUUGGGUAAGGUUUCUUGGAUUGAUAAUGAUUAAGUAAUAAAUUCUUAGGUUUAUCUUUAAGUAAAUACAAUAAUAUUUAAAUUGAAUAAAAUUUCCGUGUGGUAUUGUUAUAUUAUGCUAUAUUGUAUCGUUUUCUCAAUAAAAGACUUAAUUUAUGA